AUGACUAGUUAUCCUCCGCUCCUCACCGCCACCUCCACCGCCACCGCCGUCCACCACCACCUCCGGCCACCGCUCCGCGACCGUCGCCGACACACACGGCCACGUGAUAUAAACCGCGACCACGAUGUCGCUCACAGCGGAGCUGCAGGAGGCUUUAGAAGACCUCGACCGACCAAGUUCUUCGUUGUGUUUUUCUACAUCGUUGCUACUCCAAUGGUUGACGUUGAUGUGAAGAAGCCGCAUAAUAAUGUGCAUCCUCCAUCGCACGCACCGCCUCAACCACCUCCUCACGCUCCUAAGUCUCCCAAAGAUCCACAAGUUGGGCGUACCUUGGAACUCAACGGUCACGUUGGACUCGAUGCGUUACCUCAUCAGCUGGUCAAGAAGUCAGUCGAGGCUGGCUUUCAAUUCAAUCUGAUGUGCGUUGGAGAGACAGGCAUGGGAAAGACCACGUUAAUCGAAUCACUUUUCAACAUGAAGUUGGAUUUUGAGCCGUGCAGUCACGAACUGAAAACAGUAGAACUCCGCACCAGAUCGUAUGAGGUCGCUGAAGGAGGAAUUCGUGUGAAAUUGAGGCUGGUAGAGACAGCUGGAUUUGGCGAUCAACUGGACAAAGACCAAAGUGCACGAGUGAUAGUGGACUAUUUGGAGGCACAGUUUGAGCGCUACCUACAGGAAGAGCUGAAAAUUCGUCGUGCACUGAACUACUUCGAUGAUUCGAGAAUACAUGCAUGCUUAUAUUUUAUAUCACCAACAGGACAUGGCCUAAAGGCUCUGGACUUGGUGACAUUGCGCGAACUCGCCAAACGGGUCAAUGUGAUACCAGUUAUUGCAAAGUCCGACACAACAUGCAAGGACGAACUGAUCCGUUUCAAAAAUAAGAUCAUCAGCGAGCUCCGCAGUCACAAAAUUGAAAUCUAUCAGUUUCCGACAGACGACGAAACUGUAGCACAGGCAAACGCAGAAAUGAACAAUGCCGUUCCAUUUGCUGUUGUUGGCAGCGUCGAUUUCGUCAAGAAAGAGAAUGGAAUGCGCGUUAGAGCUAGAAGAUAUCCGUGGGGCAUUGUAGAAGUGGAAAAUGAGCAGCACUGCGAUUUUGUGAAGUUGAGGGAAGCGCUUAUUCGUACAAAUGUGGAUUCGCUUAGGGAAAGAACUCAUAAUGUAUUGUACGAAAAUUAUCGGCGUGAACGACUUCGUGCUAUGCAUGUUGGAGACGGCGAUACUGGACCAAAAAUGGUGGAAAUCUAUACGAUGAAGCAGAAAGAGUAUAAUGAAGAGUUUGCUCGUCGUGAAGUAAAAAUACGAGAAGAUUUCCAGAAAGCACUUGAAGCCAAAGAAGCCGAAUUACGUGAAAAAGAGGAAGCGUUAAACGUACGUUCACGUGAUGUGGAAGAGCAGGCAGCACAAGAACUUCGUCGUCUUGAUCAAGAAAUUCGCACUCUUCACGAUGAACGCACUCGUCUUCUGGCAAAAGUCGCUAAAAAGCUGAAGAGACAACCAUCCGCGAUCAGCCCGCAAAAACCAUGUUGCGACAUUUGCCUACAGUAAUCCCUACAGUAAUCGAGCGUCAUGUCGGAGCACUGAUUUGAGCGAUUCUAUUAGUCAGUUGUCCGCAUUCUUUCAUUUCGUUCGUUUAUAUAUUUCAUUUGCAAAAAUGUACAGACAUGUUUUUCUGCACAAUUCGGCAAUCUCACUGCUUUUGAUGUUGUUCCUCCAAACAUUUGUCACAAAUCAUUUUCGCUUCAAAGAGCUCAUCUCCAGAUGUGAAAGUCAAGAUCUACGGCCCAUUCCAAAGGUGGCAUAUCAAUGACAUUUGCUCUCUUUCGACCAUAACCUGAUCUUGUUUUUUCUUGUUUACACCAUCUUGCCUUCUUGCCUUUUUUAUGUGUAUUGUAUGACUAUCGAUCGUUGAUCUUGCCCUUUUGUCGAGUCAAUCAAGCACACACCCUUCCACAUCCGAGUUUCGGUCUAAGUCACUCGACCUCUAAUCGAUGUUUGUUCUCAGUCGAAUGGCAUAUCACCUCGUAAAUGACGAAUUUGUCUCACUUAAAGUCGUUUCUUGACAGUUUUCCUUCAAAACUACUUAUCUGGCCAGCAUUUUACGCAUUUAUGUUUUUGGUGUUUUAUUAUCUACAAGCGCUAUGGACCUUGGUAAAAGCUAUUAAACUUUC